AUCUGUUUCUGUUGACUAUAUGUGUCUUUGUAUUGAUUCACUGAGUUAGUUCCACUUCUCAUACUGUAUGUGCUGUCACAGGGGUGGGGUGGGGUUAUGAUGGAGGUGAGGUCUGCCCUGCAUGUUUAAAGCGAGUCCCUCUGUGUCAUGUAUCAUGAAUAGUGGUUACAGUAUCUCCUCCCAUUGUCUGUGUGUUUUUAUGUGUCUGUGCCCGUUAGCCUCAGGAGCCAUAUGUAUUUGGGCAGGAGGCUCAGGCUGCCAUGCGGAGUGCACUGAACCUCUCAAACACCCGUUCUUCUGGAGCCUUGAGAAGGAGCUGCAGUUCUUUCAGGAUGUAAGUGACAGAAUAGAAAAAGAACCGCUGGACGGUCCAAUUGUGAGACAGCUGGAGAGAGGAGGGAGGGCUGUUGUCAAGGGGGACUGGAGAGAGCACAUCACAGUACCACUGCAGACAGAUCUGCGAAAAUUUCGCUCCUACAGGGGCGGGUCAGUCAGAGACCUGUUACGUGCAAUGAGGAACAAGAAACACCAUUACCGAGAGUUGCCUGCUGAGGUACAGGAGACCUUGGGCUCUAUCCCAGAUGACUUUGUUUCCUACUUCACUUCCCGUUUCCCCCACCUGCUGAUGCACACGUAUCUUGCCAUGUGGACCUGUGCACCCGAGCGGCCAUUCCUUCCCUACUACUCCACUACAGUGCAGCUCGCUAAAACACAGGCCCAGCACACACAUACAGGGCCACAAAGACAAAAUGAGCCAUGCACUCAACACCUGCCAACACACACAUGUCCAACAUCUUCACAACCCGAGGAACCUACACAUUCAUCACAGCCAGUGCAGGAUUGUCACACAGCACCUGCUGAAUCGGUGCCCUCUACAUCACCUUGUGAGCCUUUAUCGUCACACUUGCCUGUACAGACGGUGGCGACUGACUCUUGCAGUCAAACAGUGAACUCCACAUUUGAACCAGAAUGGCUUACUACUUCUCUAAAGCAAAGGGAAUCCAAUCAGUCUGAAAUGCACAUACUGCCAAAUCUCCUCACACUGAACAGUGAUCCAGUGUGAACUGGGAUCAGUGGAGCCCAGCACAGACGGGAGCAUUGCCUUUUGAAGAGUGGGUACAAUGUGUGGUGUAGUUGCUGAGCUCUGCAUGUGAGGACCAGGCCUGCAGUGCCUGUGAUCUACUACCAGGCGCAGUAGCUGCACCUCUGUGGGUUAAGUGCCUUCCCCUCAUCUGGGUUAAAGUGUUCCCCCAAAAGAACCGACUACAAGUCUCUCCGUCCAAAGCAAGUUCGAUAGCCACGAGGGUGUUGGAGGACAUUUUCUUGACGCUGAUAUGAGGAAAAAAGAUGUUGUUGAACAUGUGUGUAGUCAGAUUGUGCAAUGUUGUAUUUGAGUGAGCCUUUUCACUGCACAGAUACUGUAUAUAUAUUUUUGUAUAGAAAGAGUCAGAAUUUGAAUCAUCAAUGAUAAAUCGUUUAAUAUGGCUGAUGUGCCUUUUUUUAAACCAUCACUGUGCUGUAUGGGUGCGGUUCUUAAAAGUUGACUUUACUAAAUAUGCUUGAUUCCAGUUAAUGCUGCUAAACUGCUUUUCUUCUGUCAAUCAAAACUUUGUGCUCAAGACUUAUUAAGAGUGGACUGUCCCAAAUGGUGUUAAGGAUUGCAUCUCAAUACAUUAUGUAUUUUAAUCUCAUGUCUUUAUCGAGUUAUAUGAGUUCAGAGGUCAGGUUGCAGAAAGCUUGUGUGUAAUAAGUUAAAAGGGUUUUAAAGUGAAUUGAUGACAUGCACAUUAAAUUCUAUUUUUUAUACUGUGA